AAUAAACGAUGUGAAAUUUGGAAUUUCGAAACUAUAAAUUGGCAAACUUUUUCAAUUUGUAAAUUUACUCAAAAUAACCAAAAGAACUGGAACGUAAAACACAAUUGGAUAAAAGUUGUGAUGGAUAUUAUAGCUAACUUCCUCUUUUUACAAAUGAUAAUACGAUAACCGUGCAUGCGUAUGUGUAUUUUUGGGAAUGUGCAUAUAUAACAUAAAAGGCUGCCUCCAGCUACUGAUAGAUGGCAUGACGUGUGUAUGUGACUUUAAGAUAAUUAUCACAGCCAUGGACCGUUUUGUCUGGUUUGUGCUGCUGGUGGUCAUGACGCACCUGGUCACCGAAUUUACACGCGUCACCGGCUAUGCGAGAGGACAACGCAACGAGCUGGUGCUCAUCAACGAUACUCUGCUGCAGCCGAUGCCCGUACAGAAUAUGCUGCUCUAUCCUAGCCAGGAAUACGCCCACUACGAGCGUCCCCAGUCCGCAGUCGGCGGUGGCAAUAGCAUACAGCAGAAUGCGGCGCUGAUGCUGGGCAAUUUGGCUGGCGGCGGUGGAAGCGGUAGCGGUGCGGUCGGAGGUGCCAAUGCGGCCGAACCGAGCUAUCCGUUCUUUAGCCUGCGGCCAUUAAUUGACAGCAUUUUCGAGAUACCAAUUUCCACUUUGCGCGCCGUCAACAAUCUGGUGGGUCGCCUCACGGGCAGCUAUCGGCAGGCGCCGGCACCGGAUGAGAUGCAAAAAUCGGUGGCCAUAGAGUCGGACGCACCACUGCGCCUGCCGGCGGCCCAUCCAGUCGCUAUGCCCGGCAACUUUAGGCUCUCAGCAGCAACAACAACAACAGCAUCUACGAGCACAGCUAAGCGCCAGCAAAUGCGCGAAGAGCUGGCGUAGUUAAAACAGAGAAAAGAAAAAAAAAAAACAGAAACAAGCCACUUGACAUUUACAUUUACGUUUACAUUGUUCGUAAUUAGUUUGUAAUUCAACUUCGACCUUUGGCCAAGCAAGGGCAAGGCGCACACGUUUCUCAGUGUUGUGUGUUAAAUGGGCAUUUCUAUUAUUUAGUUUAGUUAAAACUGUAAGUGUUUGUGAUUGUUUUUAUUGUUUUUGCAUGUGUGCAUGUGUCUGUGUGCGUGCGUCUUUAUAUUGUUAGUUCGUAAAUGUUGUCGUUUUUAGUUUUGAAUUUGUGAUAUAUGUAAAAUUGUUGUAAGUCGUAUUUUAUUGU